AUGGCGUUCAACCGCCCCGAGUCUGACGACUUCGAGUUGAUCGACCGCCACGAGGCGAAUCUCAACCCAGAAGACCUCGCAAAAAUACAGAAAUGGCUUGAGCCCACCAACCACACAGCCGACUCCAGCGAGUUUCGCCGCCAUCUGGCCUCGCAGGCUCCAGGUACCGGUCACUGGAUCUGUGACACCUCAAAAUUUGAGCAAUGGCAGACCUCCGAGAACCACGGUAGCCUUUGGAUUAAAGGAGUUCCGGGAGCCGGAAAGUCGGUGCUUGCAGCGUCGAUGGUUGACCACCUGAAAAGAGUUAAUGAGACUCCGGUCCUUUACUUUUUCUUCCGGUACAUCAUUGCGGCGAAUCGAACUUCACAGUGUCUUGUCCGAGACUGGCUUUCUCAGUUGCUGCCUUAUAGCCCGAGACUGCAGGCGAUAUUGCAGCCGCUAUCAAGCAAUAAGCUAGAGAAUGUCUCCGACGAGCAGCUAUGGGAGUAUCUAUUAGCGGGACUAUCGUCGGUCCAAAAGGCGUACUGCGUUGUGGAUGCGCUUGACGAGAUGGAGCUGGACAACAUUUUCCUUCAACGCCUUAAUAGCCUAGCAGGAUUCAGACCAGGAUCCGUGAAGCUUCUGAUGACAAGUCGGCCAAAAGAGUACUUGCAAAGCAGCCUGAGAGAUACCGCUAUUGUGCACAUUAGCUUGGAAAGUGAUGCGGUUGGAAAAGACAUCACAGUAUUUGUCUCGCAUCGUCUACGAACUGCUCUUCCGGGUCCAGAUUAUGAGGAGCUCAUAGGCUCCUUAGCAUCGACAAUUUCGACAAAGUCUAGUGGGCUUUUCCUCUACGCGCGACUUCUCCUGGACCAAAUCGUUCCUAAAUUGGCAUCGAAGCAGCAAAUGGACGUCCAGAAUCUGGCGGUUACUCUGCCUGUGGGCCUUGAAGAAAUGUAUAACAGCAUGUUGCUCAAGCAAUCUCAACUCCUUGAAGUCUCGGGCCAUCCGGGAAUUGGAACCAAGAUUCAAGUCUUUCUGCUCGAAUGCGUUACUCAUUCAUCGAGGCCCCUGAGGCUGAAUGAGCUCGCAGAUGCUCUAAAUGUUGUGUUCAUGCCUUCAAUUCCUGGUCUGUACUUGGCUUCAUUGCCUAAAUGGAACCCGAAACAAGUGACGAGAACAGCUUGCGCCCCACUUCUGGAGAUUCUUGAGGAUGGGACGAUACAAGUCAUCCAUCAUUCAUUUACUGAGUUUCUUCUCGACCAUGACCGACAAGUGUCAGAACAAGGAGUCCAAUUUCCCGUAUUAGACCCCAAUGCGAUUCAUAGGAAGAUGGCAGAGACAUGUGUUACAUACCUGCAGUCUGGAUGUUUGGUACCCAAGGAUGCCAAAGCUGAGUUUGUACAGAUGUGUGACGCUUUAUGCGACCAUGGAGAUUGGCCUUGCCCACGAGCCCCUGUUCAAAAGGACCCCUAUGAAUAUCGGCAAGCUCGACUACAAUAUCCAUUUCUUGAAUACGCCGUCAGGAAGUGGACUUGGCAUGCUGGUCAUUACGAUAUUGAAGAAACGGAGUUCUUUGACUUAGUCUCGCGAUUUAUGGAUGGCAUCAACACAGCCUUCCAAAGAUGGCUGAUACUUGAGUGGCACGCAAAGUAUCCUGUGACCGAGGCCCAAAUUCCUUCUCGUCUGCACGUCGCUGCCUAUGCUGGAAUGACGAAAUACGCCUCGUCUCUCAUCAAAAGCGGGCAACGAGUAGAAUCACCCGACUUAAAUGAACGCACGCCGCUGCAUUGGGCAGCCGAAAAAGGGCAUACGAAAGUUGUUUCACUACUGCUACAACACGGAGCGAUCCCUGAUCCGGCAGACUUUAAGGGCCUCAAACCAUUGCAUCUAGCUGCGAAGAACAACCAUGCGGGCAUUGUGCGAUUACUCCUACAAGCAGGUGUGGACCCACUUACCCCCAAAACGCAGGAGAACCACCGAGGAAGGAUUAAAAGUGGCGAAACAACUACAAAAGGAGAGACGUCCGUGGAGUACUUGUGUUUUCUUGGCCAUACAGAGUCCAUCCUAGAAAUCUUACCGUUCGUCAAACCCGAAACCCUAGAAGAGAUCUUGUGUUCCUGCUGUCGCUACGGAAAGGUCGAGGCUACGCGUGCCGUUUUACAGAACUCAAGCGUUUCACCUAAUGCUAUAUUUGAAGGUGCAACUGCCCUCUAUCUGGCUACCAAUCACCCGAGUGCGAAGUGCGUCGACUUGUUGCUGGCCCAGGGAGCGGAUCCUAACCUUGCCUCGGAGUGGCAGCCGUUGAUGUUUCACCGCUGGAACAGGGUGCAAAAGGGGGACCGUAAAACGCCCCUACACAGCCUCGCGAUAUCAUGGCGGUCGCCUUGCGCCGAUUAUCAGUUGAUUUUCGACUCGCUCGUGAAAGCUGGGGCUGAUCUAGAAGCGAAGGCCAGAUGCGACGAGACCCCCUUACUACUGUUGCUAAACACGGCAUCUGGUAAUUCCAGAACCGGCUACUCUUACCUGCCGGCAAUUAAAUGCUUCUUGGAAGCCGGUUCCGACAUCUCAGCUGCUGGCGAUGCUACAGGACCCCAAGGAGCGAGUGCCGCGAGAACUAUCCUCCAGCGGCUGCUGGAGGGUGACCAAGAUUUGGAUGUAUUUGACUUAUUGCUGGAGCAUGGAGCUGAUAUUCACGUGCGAGACAAGUGUGGCAACAAUGCUCUGCAUCUGUCAUUGGGAAGUAGACAUUACCCCACGCUUAGACCUGGAGUCGUCGAUAAGGUGGUAAGUAAGCUACUGGCAAGAGGAGUCCAAGCCGAUGCUAAGAAUGAAAUGGGACGUACGCCCCUCGAAUUGGCCGUGCCUAAGUCAAGCUGCAGCCUGCAAACAGUAAAAACACUGAUUCAGUCGUGCCCAGACCGUGAGGCUCGCCAGCGCUGCCUAUCCCUUCUUAAUUCUCGGUCAAAUGAGGAGAUGGAUGCGCUUCUCCAAGUACUUGUUUCGGCAGGUGUCUCUUUAGAGUUUCGGAACAAGUCUGGUGCAACUCCUUUACUUACGAACACACGAUCACCAAUGCUUUUCCAGCUCCUUCUUGAUUAUGGCGCCAAGGUUGAUGUUGAGGACAAUCGGGGACAAGGCAUUCUACACCACUGGGUCCAACACGAUUAUCCUUCAGUUGAGAGACUUGAAAAGCUAGUUCGGUUAGGUUUGGACCCCAAGAAAGUGGAUCUGGAAGGAAAUACUCUUGUACAUGCUUGGAUUCAUAAUUAUGAUGGCACACGCAACAGUGUUCAGUUUGUGGAGCAGCUGCUGGAAUUGGGGAUACCGCUCGACGCAAGAAAUAAGGCUGGAUCGACUGCAGCACACAUCCAUAUUAAGGGAAACCGUAUCAGAUCGCCCACCAACGAGCGAAGGCGCGUGCCAUUGCUAGAGCUUUUCCACUGGAGGGCCGACUUCGAUAUCAAUGCUCAAGAUAAUGAAGGGCUGACCAUACUUCACUUGGCUGCCUUACGAUCAGAAGUCGAAGUCUCUCAAAUCCUUGCCGCCGGAGCUGAUCCCAGCAUUUUGAGUAAAGAGAACAGAACCGUUCUACAGCUCGCCUGUCGGGCCCGGAAAACCGGCGUCGUUUACCUCUUGGCCUCUAAACUUGGACAACAAGUCAUAGACCAACAAGACUCCUCCGGACGUACAGCUCUUCACGAUGCCUGCACAUCAGGACAACCCGAAUCGGUAUACUGCUUGCUGAAAUCCGGAGCUAACAUCAAUUGCAAGGACUUCAAAGGCAGAACACCACUUCACGCCUGUGCAGAGUAUUCCUUGGAACAGUCUCUUUCGUUACUCCAAGAGCACUCUAGCGAUGUUUAUGGGUAUUCCUCCUCCGAUCAAUACAGGCCUGGUUUAUCGAGCAGCCAGCCAGCUUGGUAUAGGUCCAAUUAUCUUACCGGGCCGCGCCUUUCUGAUCAGGAUUCUUCGAGAAUUGGUGUUAUUGUAAAGGAGCUGCUCGCGGCUGGGGCCGACAUUAACGAACUUGACAAGAACGGCCGGACGCCAUUAGAUUUGUCAUUGUUGUUUGACUGUCGCGAAAUGCUAUCAGCUCUCCGAUUUGCCCAUCCCGACAUAAAAUGCCAGCAGUUGGAGGCAGCGAAUCCCAAAUUGGAGAUUGAGUUAGCAUUGAGACGGAUCCCGAGUGUCAUAGAUCACGAUCUUUCCGAUCCUGCCAUAAAGCAGAUUGUGCGGACGCCUUCGAAAUAUCUCACCCGCCUAGCCUCGCCUGAUAUCGACUUCAUUGUCACAUAUCACGAGACGGCUAAGGAUACGCUAUUUGAUAAAGCGGAGCCAUUUUACGACGAGGGCCCGGUAUUGCAUUCUGCUGCUAAAUAUGGACUCACCGAGGUCGUCCAGCGGUUGAGCCAUAAGGUUUUGUUCUAUGAUAGCUCUCCCAGCCUUCAGCCUCCGGAGAGUGAUGGCAGUGCUGCGCAGGAGGAUUCCAAAUUUCACAAGCCGGGAAAAGAAGACAUUUCGCCGAUAUUACAUACGGCAUGCCAGAGGCGUUCUCCUAAUAUCAAAAUGCUGAAAUUACUAGUCGAAAAGUGUAAUGUCGAUGUCAAUGCUCGAUCCCGAGAACAUCAGUAUCGGUACUCAAGCUACGAAUCUAAGUACGGCGAUAUCGAAUCUACGGCACUUCAUUGGCUGGCAUCAGCGGAUUCAUUCUGGCAGCUUGACGGUAUCCGGUAUCUCGUUGAGAACGGGGCAGAUAUCAAUGCCACAAACGAGAAAGGACAGACGCCUCUCUACAUUGCCGCUGCGGGGAUUACUGAACACAACAUGGGAAGCUACGAAGGCUUUUGGAGACCACAGUGCGUUGAUCUGCUUCUAAGCCUAGGCGCUGACCCCAAUAUCGUUGCCAAAAAUGGGCUAGCGCCUCUUCACGAAGCUGUGUCUUCUGUAGAUAUCACAAGAUCCCUUCUGCGAGCUGGAGCAAAUUUGUCCGCUGGAAAAACAUCGCCGAUAUUCAAUGCCAUAAUGGAACAGAAUGUCAAGGUAUUGACUGCCAUUUUGGAUUCUGGUGGCGAUGUGAACGCUAUCACAGAUUCCAUCACCAUCUCACCUUCAAUCACAGAUCAAGCCCGGACAGCCCUUUUCUGUGCCUCCUUCGCCCUUAGUCUGAACCGUCAUAUGCCCGACUCGAUACCUCUGAUUAAACUUCUCAUUGAUAGAGGGGCGGACAUGUAUGCACCUCUUAACAAUAGAGAGACAUUGAUUCACUACAUAUUCGAGCACGGAAAAUAUGAAACCGUAUGUGCAUAUCUGGACUGCCAUGAUAAGCUCAACUUCGAAGCUCGGGAUCAGCUUGGGAGAACCAUUCUUUUGGCGGCAUGUAACUGGACUGAGGGAUAUGAUCAUAAACGCUGGUUUGCCCAGGAGGCUCCUCCGGUUAUAAGACUCCUAGAGUAUGGGGCAGAUAUCAUGGCUAUAAGCAAUGACGGGAGAAAUGCCCUGCACCAUCUUCUGGACAAUCCUGAUAUGGAGCAAGACACGGUCAUGCAGGUCCUAGAGAAGGUGCCCGAAACAUGCAAGGAGAUGCUAAAACGCAAGGAUAAUGAAGGUUACACGCCAUUCCAUAUCGCCCUCCGUGUUCUACUCCCAGAAGUCUGUUUGAGACUAUUGGACUUGGGCGCCGACAUCCUUGAGCCAGACCCAACCGGGGCUACUACUCUGCACCACAUCGCCUCGCAGUAUCUACGACAUUAUCGACCGCAACGAGGCCAACACCCUCGACAAAAGCAUGCAGACAGCUACACCGAGAAUGCACUGAAGCUCUGGAGCAGAUAUCUAGACCUCAGAAGCUCAAUCAACGUCCGUGACGGCACCGGCUCCCCACCUCUCUUCGCCUAUCUUUCCAGCUCAUUCAAUCACGGCUACAGCAAGCCAGAACACUCCUGCUGUCAUCUCGAGAGCUUCUCCGAGCUCUUUGACGCCCAGGACUUGGAUAUUACAGCCAGGAAUAAGGUCGGCGAGACGGUGCUGCAUAUAAUCGCGAAAAGAGCCAUGAGUUAUCAUGAGAAAGAUAGGCACGAUAGGCGGUUGUUUGAGUUCUUUGUCAAGGAUGUGGAUCCGUUGGCUGAGGAUAGUCAGGGGCUGACAGCGUUGGAUGUUGCGGCUGUGACUGGGCAGAAAGAGAUUUUGCAGUUGUUUCAGAGGGGGUGA